AUGGAGUCAAGCCAGAACGUCGGCGACAGGGGAACCGUGUGUGAGCCUGUCAUGUCUCCAUUGGCCUUGGCCCGCCAUGCCCACUCAAGCCUACUCGACGAGCUGGAUUCGUUCGAAUUUCCGCCCCUCCAGCCCUUCAGUAGUGAGAAUAACUCUGUUGGAGCAGCCAAAGUUGAGCCUAUCAUUCGGGACGGCUCACCGAUCGGUUUCGAUGAAGGUCCUACGGAAGUGAUCAGUCCUCGCAAACGGCCCCAGGUCGACCGAGACAAUGUUCCCGGAGACGGGGCUUUGGAUACGCAUUGUCUUCCUCUGUCUACAACGCAGGCUGAGGUCGCUCCAUCCGGGACUGUUCUGGUGUCUUCUCCCACGAGCUGGCUCAAGUGGGCCAUCAAUGCCAAACCGCUCACUCGUCGGGAGGAGGCUUCGGUCCGGAAGUUCAUCAAGAGCAACAAACUCCUCUUCUUCAGGCCAUCGGACACUGACAACCCGUUCUUCCGACUAGGCCUGCGGUAUAUUCCGCCUCCAGGCCGCGACAAUGUCUUCCGAACUGUGAUCAUUGAUGCGCUCCCAAGGUGGGCGACCCUGGAUCAGAUCCUCCCUCGAGUCCGAGGGGGUGCGAUCUUCUCGGCCUCGUUGCUGGACACCUCGACAAUCAGCGGCAGUCCCUCCGCCAUGAUUGUCUUCGCCCAUCAGUCGGGGGCGCUCAACUUCUUGCGUCGGGUUGAGCGGGAUGGUUUUUUCGUUGGCUUCUGCCCCGUCGGCGUGCGUCCGGUUCCUACCCCAACUUACCCCAUGCCUCGUGACUUGGAGACUCAGAUGAAGUCUCAUGGUCGUACGCGAUGUCUCACCAUUUCUUCCCGCAGCCCAAUAGCGCUCAAGAGAGAGACGUAUCGUGUUCUCAGCACGACGCGUAUCAAGGGCUUUGUCGAGUGUUUCGGUGAACGUGAUACUGAAAGGCAGAUCACCGUCCGUUUUCAUUCGGUCCGGGUCGCUUCCAUGGCGUGCAACGCUCUCACCAACGAUCCGGUGUUCAAGGGCGCGUUUGUGCAAUCGACCCCUGACCCCUGCGCAAAGAUCUGA